UAGGCACAACAUCAAGUUGAUCUUGAUAGCUUCUCUGUCUGCUACAAUCAGCUUAAUUUUUGCAUGUCUUGUUUGGGGGAUGUACAGCCAGAAGCAAAAGCUAAGUCUAUUCAUCCUUCCAAAGCAGACUGCGAACAAAUCAAGCAUGGAAGAAAUGAUAAGAAGAUAUGGACCUUUGGCUCCGAAAAGGUACAGGUACUCGGAGGUGAAGAAAAUGACUAGCUCUUUCAAGAAUAAACUUGGUGAAGGUGGAUAUGGCACAGUAUAUAGAGGUAGCUUACAAGAUGGUUGUGCGGUUGCCGUCAAGCUCCUAAAAGGUUCUAAAGGCAAUGUAGAUGAGUUUCUAAACGAGGUAAUCAGCAUCGGUAGGACAUCACAUGUCAACAUUGUCGGUCUACUUGGUUUUUGUUUAGAAGGACCUAAGCGAGCCCUUGUUUACGAGUACAUGGCCAAUGGUUCAUUGGAGAAGUAUAUUUACUUGGAGAAUUCUGAUCUGGUCAUUGAAUGGGAAAAGUUACAGCAAAUAGCAGUUGGAAUUGCUCGAGGAUUGGAAUAUUUGCAUCAAGGAUGUAGCGCACGCAUCAUCCAUUUUGAUAUCAAGCCUCAAAAUAUCCUUCUAAAUCAAGAUUUUUGCCCCAAAAUUGCAGAUUUUGGUUUAGCAAAACUGUGUCACCUCAAGGAUAGCAUCCUCUCUAUUGCUGAAGCAAGAGGUACCAUUGGAUUCAUUGCUCCAGAAGUAUUCUCUAGAGGUUUUGGUGUCGUUUCCACAAAGUCAGAUGUUUAUAGCUAUGGAAUGAUGCUCCUAGAAAUGGUAGGAGGAAGGGUAAAUAAAGAAAGAGAGAAUACUAAGAACUCAAGUGAUGCAUAUUUUCCAAACUGGAUUUAUGACAAUAUAGCAGAACAGGUGCAAAGUUGUGAAGUCAUCUGCGACCUUGAAGAGGACAUGCGAAAGAUGACCUUAGUUGGCCUGUGGUGCAUACAAACUAACCCUGGGCACCGUCCUUCGAUGAGCAAAGUGAUCGAUAUGUUGGAAAAGAACAUCAAUGAAUUGGAGAUGCCGCCAAAGCCGUUCCUUUCACGUCCCUCGAUCCCGUCAUAUUUGUUGUGUCAUACAAGUCAUGAUAACUCGUAA